AUGAGGUUUGAUCAGCAGCAGCUGAAAAACUUAACCAGACGUCCAACUGUCAAACUGAAGGCUAAACAGCUGUCCCCUCAUACAUACUCGUUAAGAUGUCCAGCAGCAAAAACGAAUGGGUCACAGUGGAUCCAGCAUGGGGACCACUGUUACAGGUCUGACCAAGCACUGCACAGCUUUGCAGAGGCCAAGCAGUUGUGUCCAGAACUCGAUCAAUCUGCAACUAUUGUUUCCAUAAAAGAUGAAGAUGAGAAUAAAUUUGUGAGCAGACUGAUGAGGGAAAAUAAUAAUAUUACCAUGAGAGUUUGGCUUGGAUUAUCUCAACCUUCUGUUGAUGAGUCUUGGAGUUGGUUAGAUGGGUCAGAAGUGACAUUUGUCAAAUGGGAAAACAAAAGUAAGAGUGGCAAUGGAAAAUGUAGCAUUUUGUUAGCUUCAAAUGAAACUUGGAAAAAAGUUGAAUGUGCAUAUGGCUUUGCAAGAGUUGUCUGCAAGGUUCCUGUGGGCCCUGAUUACAAAGGAAUAGCUGUCAUUUUUGCGGUGCUAAGUGUUCUGGCUCUCAUCAGCGGACUGAUUUGGUUCAUCUUGCAAAGGAACCAGUUCCACUGGGCAGGCUUCUCAUCAGUUCGGUACGAACCAGGAGUGAAUGAAGAUGAGAUUAUGCUUCCUUCCUUCUAUGACUAAAAAGUUCUUCUAAAAAGUUUGCUAAUUUGCACUAAUAUGUUAGGAAACAUGAGCCACUUAAAGUUUUCCUAGUGUCAGUAUUUGCUCUGUUCCAAAGUAGAAGCCUUAAGUACUUUUUUCAGUUGUUUAGAUCUUAGGCAUGUGCUGGUGUCCACAAUUAAUGCCACAUCUCUAACUCUGAUUAAUAGAAUGGAAAAGACUUGAAACUGGAACUGAAGUCCAAAUUGUUUGUAGAGUAAAAAGUUUGAUGUGCAUGUCUCUGUGUGAAUGUGGUUGGCAACUAGGAUAUGUAUAUUUUAAUGGAAUUUUUAAUAAAAUUUUUUAGAAAAUUCAAAUAGGCAUAUGACUAGGUUAUGCAUCUACUUUUUAAUUUUUAAGAACAUCCAGAAAAAAGCAAAAUUAGUACCUCCAGGUAAAAAUCUAAUUGUAAAUAGUAUCAGCAUUGUUUCAAAAUAGCUGUAGCAUUUGGAACAAAAUAUUAAAAAUGAGACAUGUUUACUUUUUACACAGCAAAAUGAUGACACCUCUUGUCAAGAUACUUCUUGUACUAUUCCAAAGAUAUUUCAUACCAACAUUAUUUACGUGUAAAGACUCUGUUUAUAAUUAUUCAUAAAACAAUGGCGUUUCAGAAUUUCGCAUUUAACAUUUUCUAAAAGUGUGAAACACGAAUUAGAUCCCCUGUAGCAGUGUGUUUUGUCUUUUCUGAUGUAGUACAUGUGACUGUUUCCUUAAGGGAAUCAACUAGGUAUAAGAAUGUUGACAAUAUUAUAAUUUAUACAACUUUGACUAAUAACUUUGUUACCCUUUUACAUGAACCAAACAGAGAAGGAGUUCAUGAAGGAACUUUGUAUUUGUAAAAAUAAGAAUUUUUGAAUGAAAGCCUAAAACUUGUGAUUACUACUAAAAUGUUAAUAUUAUGAAUGAUUAAGGCAACAUUAUUUUGUGGUUAUCACGUUAAAUUUUGACAUUUUAAUUAUAUACUUAAUAAUAGUAUCCGCUGGACAAGGUAUAUGUUUUAUUCAGCGUUUAACUUUUAUUUGUACUUUAGGGUAUUUUUGUAUAAAAUCCAUAGAUUUAUUUUAAGUUUAGAGUGUUUAUACUAUAAUAAAGUCGUAAAUAAUUUUCUAAGACAAUUUAAUAAUGUCUACAGCUGUCUUGAAAUUUUUUAUUGAAUUGGCUAGACUUGUUCUCUUGUCCUAAAAUCUGUACAAUUUUAGUCAUUAAGACAUUCCUUAAAUAACUAAGCCAACUUGAUGUGAAAAGUACAGCUGUAUAUAGUGUUGAUGCUAUAAUAAAGUUGUUUUCUUUUAUCUUUU